AUGAAUUCUACAACUAAAACCUACACUGUUAUGUGUACAUAUUCAUCAUGUACCAAAAAUGCAAUUGGUGGAAUUUUGCAAAAUGCACAAACCUUUAAGCGUCAUAAUGAUGCUGAUAAGUUAUUAGACAUUGGCCCAAAAAAUCGAGUUAAUACAGAAGUUGUCAAAGAAGAGACAGAUGUUGAGAUGUCUGGUUUUACUAUAGAUGAAGACAAUUAUUCUAUUGUAUCAGCUGAAACUACCAUACAGAGUAUACCUUUUUUGAGAGAAGACGAGAUUUUUCAAUUCGCAGAGUCUGAUGUUGAGACAACAUCAUUGGCUUCUGACAAUGACGAUCCUGAUUCAAGCGAUGAGUCUGAAAAUGAGAGCAAAGUUGAGGUUGCCAGUAUUGAAGAUUUUGAAGACAUGGUUGCUUCCGAAAUACUUGCCUUUGUAGUUGCUUCUUUGAAAAUUCAUGAAAUGUCUCAAACAAGCCAAUUCAUAGCUAUAUUUGGCAUUAUCUUUCAUGCGUUUUACUUGGUUCAAGCAGGUGGAACUGCUAUGUUGAAAUUCUUCCGCCAUCUUCUUGUUGCCUUUGAUAAAGAUACCAAUCUCCCACUCACCAUUAAUGCAUUAAAGACUAUGACUGGCUUCAAUUUCAUGACAAAAAGCAUUGUCAAAUACACUGUCUGCAACAAGUGCUUUGCAAUUUAUCUACCAGGCAAUUGCCAACCAAAUUGCACAUUCGAAAAAUACACAACCAAACCACCAACAUACUGCGGAAAUCCUCUUUUCUCUGACACCGAAGCUGAUCGCGCCGUCCCUCUCAUGGUUUUCCCAUACAACUCGCUCAAGAAUGCAUUGGCACAGCAUUUCGCCAAACCUGGGUUUGAGCAUCAAAUCUGUGUGCUUAAGGAGAUCCGUUUGACUGGAAUAGCUGAGGAUAUUAUUUUAUCCUUCAGUCUUACUCUCAGAUUCAGCAGUAAUCAAUACUCAUUCACAACACUCCCAACUGCUGUUCUUGUCCAUAUGCAACGUCUUGUCGAUGUACUAAAUGAUGCUUUGUCUGAAGACGACUACAAAAACUGGACUCUCUUUGUAAAAGCAUGCCGAAAGUUGACCAGUCCUUCAGUCACAUAUUCAGAAAUUUACAGCGCACACCAGCUUCUUGGAGAAUUUGGAAAAGAGUGUGAGACGCUUUAUGGAGAGAGCAGCAUCAUGCCAAAUAUGCACUUGCAUAUGCACUUGCAUGAGUCGAUGCUUAACUUUGGUCCGGUAUACACAUUCUGGCUGUAUAGCUUUGAGAGAUACAACGGCAAGUUGAAGAACAUCAAGACGAACUGUUGCAAUGGUCUUGAGGUCACCUUCAUGAGAGUCUUCCUGGAGAAAGCAUUCAUUGAGUUCCUUGAGGGGGUUGCCCAAGUAAAAUCAAAUUCCAACAGCUCUUCUCCCUUGAAUUUGGAUGCUGGCCACCCUCCUACAUUGCCAUUUAGCUUAGCAAUGUUCCAGCAAACUGCUACCAAUCCAUGGUACAAUGUCACCAGAAGUGAGGUCUUGCCCCCAACCACAUUGCCAAUCAAGUUGCAGCCUUUGACUAUGAUGAAGAAUGAUCACUAUCAGUGGUUAUUUGAAUUCUAUGUCAAGGCUUACGGGAGUACAAGUGUUUCCUUCUGUGUGGUAGGAAGAAUCUCAAUUGGUGAGGAUGUAUUUGUGAACAAUUGGAUUCAAAAGGUGAAGAAGAUUUUGUUGCUGGGGCAAGAGUACUGCAGUGGUGAAAAGGAGAAGCGCAGGUCUUUUGUGAGAGUAUUGUUUCUUGAGAGAACAAAUGACGAUGUAUCUGAAUUCCCUGGUCAAAUAGAGUAUUUAUUUACUCAUACCAUCAAGAUCGGUGGAGUCAAAAGAGUGUCAACAUUUGCAUUCAUUAAAUGGUUUCCCAUCUACCAUUCAAGUAGUCAUCAGCCAUUAGCUGAUCAAGGUCUGCAGUUGUGGGAUAAGAGAUUUAUGGAAGAGGAUGCUUCAUGCAUUGUUCUAGUGCAUUGUCUGCAUUUGUGCUUUGCGUUGACUAUGCAUAAAAUGCAGAGUGGGACGCAAAAGCACCUGGUUAUUCCACUGCCUAGAAAAGUAGUCACAUAA